AUGUCUCCAGGCUCACAGAAACCACUCAUUCUUAACAUCGGCUCCCAGUCACAGAACACGCCGUCUUCCUUUGCCGAAAGAGAACGCGGCAACGCAACAUGGCAUACGCUCCUGUCCUCACCUGGUACAGCCAGCACUUCGAUCACCGCAGGGAUUGCUACAUGUCCUCGCUACGGAACCCUGGCACUCCAUCGGCACAAACAAGCAGAGGUGUACUUCAUUCUAUCUGGUAGCGGCGAGGUUGAGGUCGAUGGCGAGAGACAUCUUGUCUCUAAGAAUAAUCUUGUUUGGAUACCGGGGGACGCAGAGCAUGGAGUGUUUUGUGGCGAUAACGAGCUGAGCUGGCUGUAUUUAUUCCCUGAGGACAGCUUUGAUAACAUUGUUUACCGCUUCACAGCUGAGGUAAAGGACAUUGCUGGGAAGAUCAAGUCGAAACUGUAA